AUGGCAAAACUCACUGAUGAUGCCGACUACGAUGCCGGCGAACACUUUGAGAAUGUACCAAGUCCACUGUCUGAUGCUGGGAAUCAUGACAACUACUAUGGCAGACGACUUCGGAAUAGGUGCGUUCUACUAAAUCACCGUGGCAACAAGACCAAGUUGUGA